AUGGUGUUGGAUGCUUUAGCUGAUGGGGUUAUUCUCUCUAAGUCCUACAAUGAAGCCUAUGAGAUUUUGGAAAGUAUUGCUAGCAACAAUUAUCAAUGGUCCAAUGCUAGAGCCUCAACAAGUCGAAAAGUAGCAGGUGUACUUGAAGUGGAUGCAUUGACCGCUUUGACUGCUCAAGUUUCAUCAAUGACUAACUUUCUCAAGAACAUGAGUUUGGGGGGAAUGGUACAACCAGCUACUAUGGGACAAGUUUCCAAUGUGUCUUGUGUCUAUUGUGGAGAUGGACACACUUUUGAGAGUUGUCCUUCAAAUCCCGCCUCGAUUUGCUAUGUGGGGAAUCAAAAUGCCAACCGUAACAACCCAUAUUCAAACUCUUAUAAUCCGGGGUGGAGGCAACAUCCAAAUUUCUCAUGGGGGGUCAAGGAGCUAGUUCAAGAGAAGCACCAAUGCAAAACAAGCCAACAUAUCCGCCAAGGUUUUCUCAACAACCACCAAGAGUGCAACAACCUCCUCCUCCUCAAGAAUGAUGCUGUGAUUCAGAGCCAAGCAGCCUCCUUGAGAAACCUUGAGAUUAAAAUGGGGCAAUUGGCUAAUGAAUUGAGGAAUAGGCCGCAAGGCACCUUGCCUAAUGACACCAAAAAUCCAAGGAGGGAUGGCAAAGAGCAGUGCAAAGUGGUGACUUUGAGGAAUGGGAAAAAUCUGGAGUUAAAUGGGGAGAAAGAUAAGCGAAAAAAUGAGCCCACUUCAAUCCAAAUUGGUGAAGAGAAGAGUGAAAAGUCAGCAAGUUCAGCUGUUGAAUUUACCCAGAAUGCUACAGCAUCCGUUCAGCAAUCUGCAGUAGAAAAGUGUUUGAGCGAGCCACCUCCACCAUUUCCUCAAAGAUUCCAAAAACAGCAACAAGAUGGCCAAUUUCGAAGGUUCUUAGACGUUUUGAAGCAACUCCAUAUCAACAUACCACUAGUGGAGACCUUGGAGCAAAUGCCUAAUUAUGUGAAGUUCUUGAAGGAUAUUUUGACAAAGAAGAGGAGGCUUGGUGAAUUUGGAACGGUUGCUUUGACUGAAGGUUGUACUGCUAUUUUGAAGAAUAAAAUUCCUCCAAAGUUGAAGGAUCCAGGCAGUUUCACAAUUCCAAUUUCUAUUGGGGGACGAGAAGUUGAGGGAAAGAUUGAAGACGUCCUAGUACAAGUUGACAAGUUCAUUUUUCCGGCAGAUUUCAUUAUUCUUGACUAUGAGGAAGAUAAAGAUGUUUUUAAUCCUAUACGCUCUCCUAAUGAAGUUGAAGCUUGUUUGGCCAUAAGUGCUUCUAACUUCAAGUUGAUUGAAAAGAUGCAUGGAAAGUAUAGCAAUGGAGUCAAGAAAAAGGUCCCUUUUGAAGAAAUUGAGAAAGGUGGGGAGCCAUGGAUAAGUAAGGAAAAAAAACCAUCUCAUUCUCCAAAGCUACCGAAGAAAAGGAAGAAGAAAAAGAAACAUAGUAUAAAUCCUCAAUCACAAAUGUUGGAAGUUGGGAAUAGAGUGUUUUUCUAA